AUCUAUACUCUCUCUUCCCCAAUUGUCAAAAGCAACAAAAACUUGAUAUAAAAAGUAGAUUCCUGCUUGCUUCAUUCCUCAAAAUCAGCAUCUAGGAAAAUGAUAAAACUUUUUUCGCUCAAGCAACAGAAAAAGGAUGGUGAGGCAACGCCGAAAUCAGGUCCCCAGAAGAAAGGCUAUACGGCAGCUCAGUUGAGAAUUACGAAAGAUAUAAAUGAGUUAAACCUGCCCAAGACAUGCGCCACCGAAUUUCCCGACCCAGAUGAUCUGCUCAACUUCAAGUUAAUCAUUUGCCCCGAUGAGGGAUUCUAUAAGGGUGGACGGUUUGUUUUCAACUUCAAGGUUGGUCCCAAUUACCCGCAUGAGCCACCAAAGGUCAAAUGUGAAACACAAGUGUAUCACCCGAACAUCGACCUGGAAGGCAAUGUGUGUUUAAACAUUCUGCGCGAAGAUUGGAAGCCAGUGUUGACCAUCAACUCAAUCGUGUAUGGACUGCAGUAUUUGUUCUUGGAACCCAACCCGGAGGACCCGCUCAAUCGGGAAGCAGCCGAAGUGCUGCAGACGAAUCGGCGUCUAUUCGAGCACAACGUAUUCAAGGCAAUGCGCGGUAGUUACAUCGGCGAGACCUAUUUCGAGCGCUGUCUCAAGUGAUAUAUAAAUUCAACACUCACUCUUAAAUGUUGCGUUUAUUUAAUUAUUCUUACGAUUGGUGGACGCUAUUACAUAGAUUUUAAGUAUAACUGAAUGGCCGCAGUAGAGAAAUAAAAAACACCCACAGAAGAUCCGUAAAUAACUGGGGCACCGCAAAGAAGAAUAAACGAACAGAGCAAAAAAAUCUACGCACGGAACUGCGAACUGUACAGUCGGCUUGAACAAGAUAUUUAAGAAUAAUCCACACAGCAUAUUGAUUUAAAAACCUGAACAAUAAAUUAAAGAAUAGGUAUAACACAUUUUUAAUACACAGAGAAUAAUGUUACUGAUAACAACUAUGAAAACAUUGAUCACAAACAGGUGAACUGUAUGUAAACUGUGCAGAUUCUGAUCAACGUAAACACGCAAAAAUUAUUGUGAACAAGACACGUUAAUAUUAGAGAGAAAAUUGUUUUAAUUCAAAAUAAAAAAAGCAAAAUUAAUAGUAUAGAAAAAGGCCCCUUGAAAUUAUCACCCAAAUUUCUUACCACUAUACGACUCUUCUUCAACACGUUGAAACCGAAGACCUAAAACUCUGUAACAAAUACACGUUCGACGGUUAAUUGUAUCAAGUUAGUGACAAAAGUAAGUCAGAAAUAAAAACACAAAAAUUUUAUCUCAAUAA